GCGGAGCUAGUGCAGGUCAAAGUUAACGUUCAGCUAUGCUCACACAAGCAGGCAGGCUUCAGUUCACACAGACAAGGAGCUAGCCAAGAACAUCUGAGGUGGUGUUUUUAUAUUUUUGGUGGUUAUAUUGAUCAUCCAAAGAACUGGUUAGUGGCGCUUGUGUUUGAGCGAAGACAUGGAGAGAGGCUGCCGAAUCUCCAAGCUGUGUGUCAUCUGCAUAGUCUUAGCCUUGGGAUCGGUGGCGACCAUUGUCACUUUGUGGACUAUUUCCCUGACGGGUGACAUCACGGCUUCCUGGGACAGUUCUUCAUGUGUCUUUCUCAGCUACCGCCUCCCUACUACAUUAGUACCUGACAACUACAUCGUGACCCUGUGGCCUCGCCUCACCCCUGACCCCAACAGUGGCCUCUACAUUUUCACAGGCAGUUGCAGUGUGGAGUUUGAGUGUGUGGAGGAGACAGAUCUGAUUAUAAUCCACUCUAACAAGCUCAAUUACACCAGUCUGGACAACACACACUUGGGCACACUUACUACUAAAGGUGAUGGGUUUGCUCCCUGUAUUAAGUCUUCAUGGCUGCAGAGGAAGACCCAGUAUCUGGUUCUACAACUUAAUGGUAAAUUAACUAAAGGACAAAGGUACCAGCUAAACACAGAAUUCACUGGAGAACUAGCUGAUGACUUAGCUGGCUUUUAUAGGAGUGAAUAUGAAGAAGACGGCAUCAAAAAGGUUGUUGCCACCUCUCAGAUGCAUCCAACUCAUGCCAGAAAGACCUUCCCUUGUUUUGAUGAGCCAGCAAUGAAAGCCAUUUUUCACAUCACUCUCAUCCACUCACCUGGAACUAUAGCACUGUCCAAUGGCAUGGAGAAAGAGAUUGUCUCCACCAAUAUUGAUGGAGUGGCAGUGACAAGGACCACAUUUGAGCCCACCAGGAAAAUGUCCUCCUAUUUACUGGCACUCAUCGUCUCAGACUAUGCAUACCUCAGCUCAAAACAAGGGGGCAUACUGAUUCGUAUUUGGGCACGAAGGAAGGCCAUUGAGGAGGAACAGGGAAACUAUGCCCUAAAUUUGACCGGACCAAUACUGGACUUCUUUCAGCAAUACUACAACAUCUCGUACCCUCUGUCUAAGUCUGAUCAAAUAGCUCUACCAGACUUCUAUUUUGGGGCGAUGGAGAAUUGGGGUUUGGUGACAUACAGAGAAAGCAAACUGCUCUAUGACCCUGUAACGGCCUCCAAUAGAAAUAGAGAGACCACUGCCACCAUCAUUGCUCAUGAAUUGGCCCACAUGUGGUUUGGAAACCUUGUGACUCUGAAGUGGUGGAAUGAGGUUUGGCUGAACGAGGGCUUUGCCUCCUACGUCUCUUUCCUGGGAGCAGACUAUGCUGAACCCACAUGGAAUGUGAAAGACUUGAUUGUACUAGAUGAUAUCCACAAGGUAUUUGCAGUGGAUGCCUUGGCCUCCUCUCAUCCUCUGUCUUCUACAGAGGAGAGUAUCACAUCACCGGAUCAGAUCAGUGAGCAGUUCGAUACCAUCUCUUACAGCAAGGGUGCUGCAGUGCUGAGAAUGUUGUCUGAUUUCCUCUCUGAGCCAGUCUUUGUCCAGGGACUUAGUAGCUACCUUGGCCACUUUGCCUAUGGCAACACAGAAGGGUCAAACCUGUGGGACCACCUACAAAUGGCUGUGACAGCCAAUGGUGUGUCCCUUCCUGCUCCAGUUGAUGACAUUAUGAACCGCUGGGUGCUCCAAAUGGGCUUCCCUGUGGUAACAAUAGAUGCCACCACGGGGAUCAUAUCCCAGAAGCACUUCCUGCUGGACCCAAAGGCUGGAGUCAAAUCACCCUAUAACUAUAAAUGGUUCAUCCCUAUCAGAUGGAUGAAGUCAGGAGAGGUUCAGAGAGACCACUGGUGGCUGAUGGAGGAGACAGCGGUAAACAUGGACAUGAAGAGUAAUGGAGGUGAGUGGGUUCUGGCCAACAUCAACGUGACUGGUUACUACCGUGUCAACUAUGACUCUGGAAACUGGGAAAGGCUGCUUGCACAACUUAAUACUGACCACCAGGUUAUACCACCUAUCAACAGGGCCCAAAUUGUGGAUGAUGCUUUCAAUCUGGUCAGGGCCAAACUAGUCCCCACCACCCAAGGUCUUAAGACUACCAUUUAUCUCUCUCAGGAGAGAGAAUAUAUGCCCUGGCAGUCUGCUCUGAAUAAUAUGCAAUAUUACUACCUGAUGCUGGACCGUACUGAAGUCUAUAGGCCUAUGCAGGACUACAUGAAGAACCUAGUAACUCCUCUCUACAUGUACUUCAAGAACAUGACAGCAAAUUGGGCCCAUGUUCCAGAUGGACACACUGAUCAAUAUAACCAGGUGAAUGCUAUCCGUGUGGCCUGCAGUACUGGAGUAGUUGAAUGCCAAAACCUGACCACCACAUGGUUCAAACACUGGAUGGAAAAUCCUCAUCAUAAUUUGAUCCAUCCAAACCUGCGUUUGACGGUGUACUGCAGUGCCAUUGCAGCAGGUGGUGUUGCAGAGUGGGAGUUUGGCUGGGCCCAGUUCAAGAACGCUACCGUGGCCACUGAGGCUAGCAAACUCAUGUCUGCCUUGGCAUGUACCACCAAUAAACUACAGCUGCAAAGGUACCUGCUGUACACCUUAGAACCAACUAUGAUCCGUAAGCAGGACGCCACCUCGGUUAUUGUCUCUAUUGCCGGUAACAGAGAAGGACAGGAUCUGGCAUGGAAGUUUGUCAGGGAACAGUGGAAAUACAUGUUCACACAAUAUGGAGUGGGCUCCUUCUCCUUUGCCAGUCUUAUCACCGGAGUCACAAUGAGGUUCUCUACUCCGGCUGAACUACAGCAGCUCCGAGAGUUUGUGGAGGAGAAUGCUGCAGUAGGUUUUGGUUCGGCCACGCUGGCUGUGGAGCAGGCCUUGGAGAUGACCGCAGCUAACAUCAACUGGCUACAGCUCAACAAACGAGACAUCCUGGACUGGUUUACCAGCAUGAUGUAGCAUGAUACUGCAUAUUAUCUGCAAGGCCAGAGGAGAUAAGUGGCCACAGAAUGGUUUAUAAGCCGGUUUCUUCAACUUGACCUUGAAACAUCAAAUGCAAGCCUUGAUUUUAAUUCAUUGCAUACCGUGAAUAAAAACCAAAACAAUUUGACAGUUUUAGAGAUUCUAUUGACAAAAUAUGUUGAAAGAAACUAAUGAACACACCACAUAUUUCCUUGAGGUUAUUAUAUCAUGUGCUGACAUAUCAGAUAUGGGGGGAAAGAGGAACAUUUAUGAGUAUAACUUAUUGAAGUUAUUUUGACAAAACUUUUUCCAAACACUGUAAAAAUGUUUAUAUAUCUGAAAAGUUGGAAAUUGGAAUCUGAAACACUCCUUUAAUGGA